CUAUCAUAAAAAGCGACUAACGGAAUCUAUUAAAGUUAAUAAAUCAACGAGAAACUAUCAGUCCACCUGUUGUUCUCGCGCCUUCUGUGACGAAUCGAUUCCCAUGGGAAAACGUAUUUUUUCGCUCAUUUUAGUGCUCAAUUUCGGCCAUAGCUUCAAGAUCUUCGAUGUUGUGCCACCCAAUCUUUUCAACUUUCCUCAACAGCUACAAGAAAACACCUCAAACGCUUUCUUGGGAACUCUUUUCAACUCCUCUCUCUCGAACGUACUUCAAGUAGCAGACAGGUUUAAAUUCUGCAACGCUGAUCUUGGAGAAUUGAGGUUUCUGCUGUAUACAGCCAAUCAGAGCGAUCCUCGAGAUGUCAACCUGAAAAUGAUGAAGAUGGACAUGGAUUCACCCACGAAAAUUUUGAUUCACGGUUGGUUUGGAACAGGAAAUAAUGAGUUUAUCAAGAAGCUGGCCAAUCAAUAUCAUAAGAAAGGGAAGUACAAUGUGAUAGGCUUAGACUGGUCGAAACAUUCGAAGAAGGAUUAUAUAAGAUCUUCUUGUACCACCAGAGACAUCGGUAAGGCUAUUAGUAAAUUCGUUUUGGAAAUGCUAGAAGGUGACGUCACUAAACUUGUCAACAUUCACCUUAUCGGGCAUUCUCUAGGUGCUCAAGUUGCAGCUUUCGCUGGAAAAGACAUGCUGGAUAAAACUGGACGAAAAAUAGGAAGAAUUACUGGUUUGGAUGCUGCAGCUCCUCUUUUUGAGUUCCCGUUGAAGGCUCCCGAACAUCUGAGGCUGCAUUCCGAAGAUGCAGAGGUUGUGGAUGGAAUACACACCAAUAUGGGAUUUUUUGGUUUUGCUUCAGCGUAUGGAACAGCUGAUUUUUUUGUGGAUAACGGCAGUCCUGUACAGCCAGGGUGCAAUAGGGAGAACUUCUUUGAAGAUCUGGUGUGCAGCCAUGGGCGUGCGGUCGAUCUGUAUCAGGAGUCCAUCAUCUCCAGGAAAUUGGUGGGAUUGGAGUGCCCAAAUCCGUUCGUCUACCGCAUAGGAUUAUGUUCGAGGGGCAAGAGGGCCGUGAUGGGAGAGGAGAGUCCCAGGAACGUCAGGGGCAGUUAUUUCUUGGAAACGUUCGACAGAGCCCCGUUCGGCAAGGGUUGAUGCGAUUAGACUGUGAAAAUGAGGACUGGGAUGCUGUUUGGAUUCCGUGAGAUUACGUGAGAUUUGUACGGAACGUUAUAGUCGGGAAUUACAGCCCGGUUCUUUAUUAGUGGGUUCUGUAAGCCUCCCGAAAUGACCGACGUUUUCUAUUCAUUUAUUUGGUUUACUGUUGUAGAAGAUAGUUUUGUGGAUUUAUGUUUCUGUGACUGGCACAAUAGGGAGUUCUUUGCAAUUUAGUUUUUAUUACGAAUUGAAAUUUUAACUUUAUUGUUUUGAAUGUAAUGAAUUUUAAACAUCAAUUACUUAAAUAUGACGCCUCCUAGAUAUUGCAGUGUUUCAUUUCCUGACGAAAACAUUCAACAGUCUAAAUCUGCCACUUUUGAACAUAAUUAUCUUACAAUGAUAACAAAAUUGUAUAUGCUAAAUAAUAAUUAAAUAAUUACUCAAAGAAAACC